AUGGUGCAGAUAUUUUUACUUGCAGCACCACCAAGCAAAUUUGCAUUGGCCAUAUUUCGCUUGCACAUGUAUAUGUUAUCAGGAGCACCUCUAGCCCUCCUCUUUCCUGUAAUAAACACACGAUUACUGGAAUUUGAGAAAGAGAUUUACUACAUUCAACACAUAUUAAUGUUAAUUGUACCAGUAUAUCUUCUAAGAUUGGGAGGUAUCUACACAUGUGAAGACAUGUAUGACCUUAGUUGGGCAUCAGUUGCAAUUGGGAUCAUCUUCAUCUACCAUUUUGUACCACUGCAAAUCAUUGCCAGUUUAUCUCAGGUGAAUCUCAACAAUAUGUUAUGUCCUGCUGUCUCAGACCCAUUUUCAGGGCCAAUGUAUCGGAUAUUUGCAAUAAUACACCAGGCUGUGAGUCUGCCUUUCAUGGGAAAGCUGCUCAACUGGAUUGGGCUCCAACUUUCCCUGGACAGGCAAAAACAAUCUAGUCAAGUUGAGAAUGAUAAAGAUAACAAAUUUGAAAAUUCUGAACCAGCAUCAACAUUCGAAUUAUGCAAGGAUAUCUCUGUGUCUUCAUUAUCAGAGAACCCAGCCAAUGGAAUAGUCAAUACCAGUAGUGGAACUGUACUCCGGCGUACAAUGUCAGCAAAAAAAGACACAGAUGAUAAACAUGUCCUUGCUGAUCCAAACCCAAUUCCUUGUCCAGACAUGUUCAGACAGAACUAUGCUGUACCUGGAAGUAUAGUAGCAGAUGAUAGCUUGCUCCACGGAGACACUGCAAGUGUACAUUCUAAACGACAAUAA